CGCGGGCGAGCGAGCGACACCGGUGUACGUCUAGAAUACACAUGUGCAAAAAUAUGCUGGUUUUGACAGAGCAGAGGCUGGCAUCUGCGCACCACUUCACCACGGAGGGACUCAAAUAAUUAUUCUUCAGAAGAUAAUUCUCUAGUUUCGUAGAAGAUUUUCAAGAGUGAGCCUUUCUACAGACUGAGAAUGACCUAGAAGCCACCACUGCUGAGCCCAGCAGAGCAGGAUAUCAUUCUUGUGUGUGUAAGCAACAAGGUGUGUGACAGCAAACAGGGCUCCAGCUGCACCCGGGUCAAUCUGUCAAACAUGGAGGGCCACGUCACACUGCUGCCCCCCCUGCUGCUGCUCCUCUGUAGCCUGUCAGGGGUGUGGGGGUUCCCCUUCGGCCCCGUCCUUGACAUGGACGUCACCCCCAGGACCACAGUGUUCUCCCAAGGCCUGUUAGGUUGCCAGCGUUUCAGCAGCCCGUCUCAAAACUACAGCACACUACUACUGGAGGAGGACAAUGGGGUGCUAUACGUGGGGGCCAGGGGGGCUCUCUAUGCCCUGGACACCACCAACAUCUCCACUCCUGGCAACCUCACGAUUGACUGGGAAGCUUCGGCCGAGCAGAUGAAGCAGUGUCUCAACAAAGGAAAAGACAAUCAGACAGAGUGUUACAAUCACAUCCGCGUCCUACAGAGGUACAAUGAGACUCACCUGUACGUCUGUGGCACGCACGCCUUCAGGCCCCUCUGUGCUUACAUAGAUGUGGAGCGCUUCAGUUUCUCCUCUGGCUUCGAGGAGGGCAGGGACAGGUGUCCCUACGACCCAGCCAAGGGCUACACCAGCCUUCUUGUGGACGGUGAGAUGUUCUCAGCGACCCAGUAUGAGUUCCGCAGCUCUCCGGACGUUCGUCGGAACUUCCCCUUCCCCACUCUGAGGACAGAGGAGGCCCCGACCAGGUGGCUGCUGGAGGCGGACUUUGUGGGCUCAGCGCUGCUGAAGGAGAGUGUCAACAGCUCGCUCGGCGACGACGACAAGAUCUACUUCUUCUUCACGGAGAGGAGCCAGGAGCAGAUGGCCUACCCCAGCCAGACCAGGGUGGCACGGGUUGCCCGCGUCUGCAAGGGUGACUGGGGUGGCCAGAGGACCUUGCAGAGGAAGUGGACAUCCUUCCUGAAGGCUAGACUGGUGUGCUCCGUUCCUGACUACGAGCUCCACCUGAAUGUGCUGCGUAGCGUCUUCGUACUGCAGGGCCCAGACGUACACAGCACCGUCUUCUACGGGAUCUUUGGCCUGGAAUGGAAAAAUGUCAAGGUGUCUGCGGUGUGCCAGUACUCCUUCACAGAUAUUCAGAGGGCCUUCGAGGGGCCUUACAUGGAGGUGCAGGAUUCCAAAUGGAGGGAAUAUAGAGGGAAGGUUCCGGUACCAAGACCUGGCUCGUGUAUCACAAACAUACACCGGUCCCAGGGCAUCAACUCGUCCCGUGACCUCCCAGACAACGUGUUGACCUUUGCGAGGCGCCACCCCCUGAUGUCUACACAGGUCCACCCCAUAGGAGGGCGCCCCCUACUAUUCAAGAGAAGUGUCAAUUACGUCAAGAUGGCCGUGCACCGUGUGGCAGCUCUGGACAGACACGUCUACACCGUGCUCUUCUUGGGAACUGACGAGGGCUGGCUGCACAGGGCUGUGGAGGUCGGAGGUCAAAUGCACAUCAUAGAGGAGCUGCAGCUUUUUGAGAACCCUCAGCCUGUAGACAGCAUGGUCAUCUCCCAGACACAGGGAAGUAUCUAUGUGGGCUCCAACUCUGCAGUGCUGCAGGUCCCCUUGUCCUCCUGCCAGCGCUACACGUCCUGUUUCGACUGUGUGUUUGCCCGGGACCCCUACUGUGGCUGGGACGGGGCGCUGUGUGUGGAAAUAUCCUCACGCACAAACAGCUCCAAUCUAACCCAGGAUAUACAGAAAGGCAACAGAGGCUGUGACAACAGCACAGGAGCUGUAGUCCACCGCAGGCGUACAGUGAUGGCUGGGGACGACAUCCUCCUCCAGUGCGAGCUGCGCUCCAACCUGGCCACGCCCCACUGGACCCUGGAUGGUCACGAGCUCCAGGGCUAUGACCUCGACUCGGGCCACCGCGUGGGCACCGAUGGCCUGCUCCUCAUAGGCGCCCGGGCCGACCAGAGUGGAGACUACCACUGCUACGCCGUGGAGAACGACGUGUGGGUGCCAGUGAGGCUGUACACGGUGAAGGUGCACCCUGACCUGCCCUUCCCUGUGGGGCCAACAGUCACAACGAACACUUUAUCAACCACCACCACUACCGCCCCACCAAGCACUUUUCUUACCCCCAGCACCCCCACCGAGCAGCCCCUGCCCUCCCCACCUGCUCCCCUCCCCUUUGGACCAGAGUUCCAGACCUACAGGCACAUGGAGGCCAUGUAUAUCUCCCUGGUGGCUGUGCUGGGCGGGCUGUGCCUGGUGCUGACCAUAGUGUUGCUCUACGUCAGCUUCUGCAAACGAGGGCCCUACCAGGGCCGCAAGUACUCCCAGGUGGGGCUGCCCGAGUCAGGGGCCGCAGCCGAGAGGAAGAAGAGCUCCCAUUCUCAUCUGGAGCUCAAGACCAUGUCCAUCCACUGCAACGGCAGGCAGGACAGCAAGCGCGGACGCCGCUCCCUGUCGGCUUCUAACGUGGACGACGUGGGCGACGGCUUCCUUCAGAUUGUGCCUGGGGGAGGGUCUCCGGGAAAGUCGCCGCCCCCUCCCGCCCCGCCUCUCCCAAUGCCGCCGCCCCUGCCUUCCUCGGCGUACGCAUCGUCAGAGUACGCCAACGGGAUGUCGGCCACGUUACCCAGUGUCCUUCGCAAGAUGAACGGCAACAGUUACGUGCUGCUGAGGCAGACGGCGGACCCCGAGGGGAGCACGUCUCCCCUCUACCACUCGUUCACCGAAGAGCUCAACCGCAUCCUAGAGAAGAGGAAGCACACGCAAAUGGACCCCCAGCUGCCAGACGAGAGCUCUGUCUAGCCCCCCCCCCCCCCCUCACUUUCCCAUUGAUCUGUUUUAUUGGUUUAACCCAACUACCCCAGAGUGCCCCCAAGAGGCAGGGAGGUCGAACUUUUGUAUUAUACUGCUGCUCUUUACCCAGUGUCAAAGCAACUUGUGGGAGUAUCCAUCCCUAAAACUCAAUGUGCAGCUUCCUGUGACUCGAGACAAGUGGCCCACGUUCCCUCCUGAACACUGGAGUAAAGAAGACUCGCUGACUUUGACCAAACUGGAGCAGUCAUUGAUGUAGUCAUGGUAACCAUUUUGGACACACAUUCUACUAUUACAUGGACCCUUUGAUUGACUUUCAAGGACCUAAGGUCACAUACAUGACACAUACACAAGUUAGUUACAAUCCUACCUCAGAUCCUUACCCUAUUGGGGAAGUAGGGUCAGUGAUGGUCUGGUCAGCAGGCACACUGACAGCGAGUGCUGUGGUGUAUCGUCGGACACGGGACGAUGAGAGCCCAGGUCAUAUGACCAACGACCAUGGAGUGAGAUGGUGAUGCACGUAAGACUGUGAGGAACUACCAAAUCCGGUAUGAACAUUAUAGACCAUCGUCUAAACUAUUGAGUUCGGAGAACAAUGGGUACGGUAGUUCAGUGCCAUACACGUCUAAGAUGGCUCUUAUUGACCCAGGCCUACAGAACUUCAUAUGAGAGCAAAUAUGGUUGGACAAAUAAUACAUUGCAGUCAUAACUUAAUACCACACACUUAUCUUCAUUUUCUUUUGUGCUUUAUGUAAAUAGCAAUAGUAUCGCUGUGGCAGCCAUCAGUAGCAACAAUGCCAGUUGAAAUGGUUGCGCCGAAACCAAAUUGAAAUGGAACUUUUUAGCAUCUUUGUGUUGUUAGCGUCGGAUUGUGUCAAAGGGGGAAAACAGCAGAAUGGAUAGACGGCAGGUUUUAUCUCAACUUGGCGGGGAUGAAGACUAUCAUUAAAGAAUGAAGACAAUCGUUAAGGACUGAUCUCUGGUCAGAUUGAUCAGAGAAACUGAGUGAUGAUAAUGAUGAUGAUGAUGAUGGAUCUGAUUGCCAGAGAUGUGUGAGCCCAACAGGAGACCAGAAGGCAAAGAUAUGCAAGAAGCCAGAUCACAUUGAUCUCAGAAGAGAUGGAGAAGAUGGAUAGAAGGAGUGUGUGAGGAACCCUGAUGAUCUGAGCCAAUGACUGCUCAAAAUACACAGAAGGACAAUCAGCACGUGAAAUCUCCAAUGGCAGGGGACUUGGAUAUGGUUAUUGUAGUGUACUUACUACUUACUGUCAAUUGGAAAAUAGGCUGGCUACUACAGUCAAAUACGCACCUCCAGUAUAUACUGUAUGCCCCCAUAAACAUUGUGGAACACUUAUUUCAACAAACAUACUCGCUCACGUCAUACUGUACAGACAUGACAACAUUCAAAUGGAGGUUUAGACAAAGGCCCAGUGCAGCCGUUUUUAUCUCAAUAUCAAAUCAUUUCUAGGUAACAAUGAAGUACCUUACUGUGACAAAAAUAGCUUCUUAGCAAAGGGCAAUUUCUCAAGCAAGAAUGUUGCUGUGACUGUCUGGGAGU